AUGGCCAAAAGAUAUAGUCCUUAUAACCAUAGAAGGGGACACAAGCAAGCCAGCACAUCACUUGCAUCUAAUAUUCCCUAAGAAAGCAGGGUCCUUAGUGAGUACUAUAUGAAACUCAAAUUGAAAAAUCCUAAGGAUAAUCAUAAGGGAAUCAUUAAAAGAAUGACUGAAUGUUGGCUUAAUAGUCAAAACAAAUAUGGCCCAAGGGAAUACUUGGAGGAACUCUUGAACAAAAGCUAAAUAAAAACCGAGGAGGAUAUGAAAUGGGCCAAGUAUAAAGUCCUGGGUGCUCCAUAAAUUAUCUAACCCAGAAUUUAGGUCACCAGGAAAGGAAAAUGGAUAAAAUUUUAUGUUGACCAGAAAUUAUCAGUUUGCUCAGCAGUCAGAUUUAAUCAUCAGUAAAGUCCUACUUAAAGAGAUACUCAAUUGUCACCUAUUCCUUCAUAGUGUACAUCAGUUUCCGACUAGAUCACCCACUUUUAUCAAUAAACCUUCAGAGUCAAUAAACACUUAUCAUUUGAUGGAUGA